AUGUCCUCCAAGGCACACCUAAUUCUAUUGAUUUCCACUCUCCUGACUUACUACGCUUCAACUCUGCAGAGUGUUCACUCGGUAGGCUCCUACUAUGCACCAAGCAAGAAAGUCAUGAACGUUAUAGACUCUUGCUGGCGCAAAAACCCUCAUUGGGAGGCCAACCGCCGUGCCUUGGCGGAUUGCGCCGUGGGCUUCGGGAAAGCCGCCGUUGGAGGCAAGUAUGGCGCCAUAUACGUCGUCACCAGCCCUGCCGACGACCCGGUUAACCCAAAACCCGGCACACUUCGAUAUGGUGUGAUCCAAACAAAGCCACUGUGGAUCGUUUUCUCCAGGGACAUGGUUAUCACUCUAAAGAAUGAGCUGAUGAUUAACAGCUUCAAGACCAUAGAUGGGAGAGGAGCCAAAGUGGAGAUCGCCUAUGGGCCCUGCAUUACGAUACAGUACGUUAGCCAUGUUAUUAUUCAUGGGAUUAGCAUUCAUAAUUGCAAGCCAGGGAAGGCUGGCAUGGUGAGAGAUUCUCCCAACCACGUCGGGCAUCGUCGUGGCUCGGAUGGAGACGCCAUUGAUAUAUUUGGAUCUUCCAAUAUUUGGAUCGACCAUUGCUUCCUGGCUCGAUGCGCCGAUGGCCUCAUCGAUGUGAUCCAUGCUUCCACCGCCAUAACCAUCUCCAACAAUUACUUCUCCCAGCAUGAUAAGGUUAUGUUAUUAGGACAUGAUGAUAACUAUAUAGAAGACAAAAUUAUGAGAGUGACGUUAGUUUUCAACCAUUUCGGAAGUGGCCUUGUUCAAAGGAUGCCAAGGGUGAGGUUAGGGUAUGCCCAUGUUGCCAACAAUAAGUAUGAUGAAUGGCAGAUGUAUGCCAUAGGCGGCAGCGCCAACCCCACGAUAUUUAGCGAAGGGAAUUACUUUAUAGCUCCUGAUAAUUCCUAUUCCAAAGAGGUUACAAAGAGAGAGGUCAAAGCUGGAUGGAAGAACUGGAAAUGGAGGACCUCCAAGGAUAGAUUCCUGAAUGGGGCAUACUUUGUUCCAUCAGGUUGGGGAAUCGCAGCGCCGCUUUACUCAAGGCUGGAGUCAUUUAGUGUUGCAGAUGGAUCCAUGGUUCCAGCUCUAACAUCUGAUGCUGGCCCACUCCAAUGUGUUCGAUACAACUCAUGUUGAUUUUUAUACAUCUGGAACCGAUCGAAACCCUUGAGAGUUGUUUAACUAUCCUCGUCAUCAGUUCUUGGACAGCAAUAUUAAUUUGAAACUCCUUUUAUGUAUGUUUUAGGAGCAUGUAUAUAGUGUAAGCACACCAAAUUUUUGGGGAGUUGCUUCCGAAGUGUGUAUACAUGCAUGGAUGGUGUCCUUAAAAAGAGAGAAUAUAUAUUAAU